AUGAUGAGGAAAGAUGAAUUGGAUAGCGAUCUGAACAGAUCGAUCAAGCGGGGUGAGGGAGGGAGCAAGGGGAAGAGAAAAGGGAAGAAUGGGCCAUCCUCGUCGAUACGCUCUUCUACCGGUCCUCGUCGUUGUCACCGCCAACCGUUAAACUUAUCUGUAACUGUUCGCACCAUUUUCUGCUCUUCGUUUGCUUCUGCACAGCUUAUGGCUAUUUUUCGUCCACUGGCUAUUAAAACAUGUUAUGUAUGA